AUCUGCAACAAUUAUUCUAGCACACAGUCACGGCCUAUAACCCCUUUCAUUUAAAGGUUUGGAAUCAAAAUUCUCUGGUAUCCAAAUUUUUGGGGAAAAUUUUAAAUACACUUCUUUGUGUGAAAGGUGGGCGGGGACCAAGCCUGACAAAUCAAACUGAGGCAGUAAACGCACAACGACGUCAAAAUAUUGGAUAAACGUCUACAUCCGCUGAAAACAGCAUCUAGGAGGAUCUGAGUACAACACGAGAAAAAAACAAGUUUUCUUUGUAGUAUUUCAUAAAAGAACACUGUCAUUGCUCGUUGCUAUCUACCAGAAUGAAUGUGGGUGUGGCUCAUAGUGAGGUGAACCCCAAUACUCGAGUAAUGAACAGCCGGGGGAUCUGGCUGACCUAUGCGCUGGGAGUUGGAGUUCUUCACAUUGUGCUCUUGAGCAUACCCUUCUUCAGUGUUCCUGUAGUGUGGACUUUAACCAACGUAAUACACAAUUUUGGAAUGUAUGUCUUUAUGCAUGCUGUGAAAGGUACACCUUUUGAGACUCCUGACCAAGGGAAAGCCAGGCUUCUAACUCAUUGGGAGCAGCUUGAUUAUGGUGUGCAGUUCACCUCAUCUAGAAAGUUUUUCACCAUUUCACCAAUCAUUCUAUACUUCCUUGCAAGUUUCUACACAAAGUACGACACAACGCACUUUGUAAUCAACACUGCCUCACUUUUAAGUGUCUUGAUCCCGAAGCUGCCACAGCUGCACGGAGUGAGAAUUUUUGGCAUCAAUAAGUAUUAACGUAUUUUAAGUGCUGCGCCUCUCAGCAGUAGAAGCUCAUUCCUGUCAUCUGUACCGCUGAUUACUCUGUAAGGACAGCCAGAUACUUCAGGGUUAAAGAAAACACAGGAGUACUUUGUAUUUGACAGAAUGCCAGAAGCAUUACUAACUUAUGUGAAUAUUUAAUGAAGUUUUUUUUUUUUUUGGCCUGCCUAGACCUGGGCUGGCCUAGGUCUUGGUGAGGACUUUAGUUUAAUUUCUUUUCCUCUAUCAUUUGUUCACACAGUGACACAAAAUUGUGAAUUGUAGUCACUCGGAUGUUCCAAUGUAUUUUUCAAAGAUGUUUACUUUGUAACGGUAUGAGCCUGUGGCUCAUUAGGUAAUGGGUGCCAAAUGUUUAGCUCAGUCAGGAAUAUUAUCAUCCUCCUUAUUGGCAUGAUUCUUUUGACAAGUGAAACAUUUAUUUGCAACUGUGUGGAAAGUUGUUUCGGUUUUUGUGGAUUUAUGUCUUGUGUGUAGAAGAAAACAGUGUGACGUUAAUUGUUUACUUAGGGGUGGUCUGCAGUGUCUACAUGUUAAUCUUAGGCCUGUUGAUGCCCUUGCUAGAUUAAGACUUUUUGCUAUAACCAAGGCAGCUAGCUCUGCUUUGAGUAGCCAUUUAGGCCACAGUGGUAUUUCUUGUUAAUCUUAUUAAAAAUUGUGACCUCUGA